AUUUGACUAAGCGUGGGAGUCUUCCAAGUAAGUGGACACUUAUGUAUAAAAAGAUCAUUUAAAAAGUGACAUCUUCCUGAUACAUUGUUAAACCAGGUCAGCGGCUUUGAAAAAAUCUUGUUUGUGUAUAUCUGACCAUGUGCGUAUAUCCAUGUCUAUGUGUAUAUGUUAAAAUGUGUAUGUGCUGGUUUGAAUAUGUAUAUGAAUGUGUGUGUCUGUUUAUGUGCCCAUGUUUAUGCAUAUGAAUGUAAGUGUGAAGUCUGAACUUGCAACCUACUCAAACUUGGGUCAUUUUACAAACCAUCUGUAAUUCCUUGUUCAGUAGUCAAUGAACAACUACUCCAAUUUUCACUCUCAUGACCAUUCCAAUACCUGUCAGGUGUAACAGUAAGUGGAAGAGUUAGAAAAUGUAGUACUGACUGUCAACCCAACAAAGAUGUGAACCAUGAUGGUAAGCCUCCUAAUUAGCCAGCUUCACUAGUGACAUUAAUUGUAUCACGGGGAUGCCUUCACUAUAGACCUUGCCCCUAUAUUUCCAAUUUUACCUCUCAUACUUUGGGAGUUAUGAUGAAUUGAUUGCCAAAUUGCAAAAUCUGUAUGUCUAAAUAGCAAGGUUAGGCACAUAGCAGAGCUGAAGAAUUUUUGGACUUAAUGUUUUCAAAUGUACUAUUCAAUGCAACCCAAUUCAACAUUCAGUGAAUAAACCCUUAGCACAUCAAAUGAAAGAUACCUGAGCAGUCAGAUGACUCCUCUGAGUAAGCAAACACCAAUUAACCAUAUUGUAGAUGAACAGCUACCUAGCUUCAAUUAAUGUAAAUGAUACAACUGAUAAAUAUUAAUGAAUGCCAAUAAAAUAGUGUCAGUUGUUCCAUGUUACCUUACGACUGGGGUGCCAGAACCAUGAUGGUUAUAUUGAGCCAUGACACAUUUAGAUGCUAAUGGGAACAAAGGAAAAGUCCUACCUGGCAGUGUGUAUAUUUGUAGUGGGGCAAAUAACUCAAAUGUGUUUAUCUUCUGCUCUGUAAAUUGAACUUUAAUCACACACCGAGGCUCCUGCGGGGCCUAGAAGGCUGUUAACAGAGCAGGAGAUACAAAAGUUUAAAUUAAACAGACUGUGCAAUAAAGGAAGUUUCAACAUUAGAUAUCUUUUUACAGGAAGUGUCUAGGAGAGCUGUUUAAGUCACUUGCAGAGAGGUGUGACUAGAGCAGCAUAAACAAAGUAAUUUAACCCCUUAAUGACAGCGAACUGAGCAAUGAGAAUGCAGGGGCAUGAUAUACACCUAUAGGGAAGCUAGAUAUCCCCUCCCACCCACUAUGCACUUCCUCCCACUUCCAGUUCCAUAUUGUUUUUGUUUUUUUUCGUAAAACCCUCCCUCCUCCACCCCUGACCCUCCUUUCACUGGGCCAGAGCACGUGCAUGCACUCUGAGCAAGCAAUAUAACCCAGUGAUGUCAGGAGGGAGCGUGGAAGGUCAGCGCUUAGCCUGGCAUUGGAUUCCAGGUAAGUAAAAAAAAAAUUGCAAGUUUGACUACAAACUGAGAGGGGGUCCUUCUCCACAGUGCCCAUUAGGGCAUAUUAAACUGGAAAGGUCCCCCCUCUCAAAAGGGGUAAAUUAACCGGUUAAGUAGUCAGAUAAUCACUGGACAGGGUCUGCGUUCUUAGAGUUCUGGGCCAAUUUGGUGUGCUCGUUCAAUAUGUAGGGGGUUAUCAAUAUCAUAAGGAAGAUGAAGAGCAGUAGGUUGCCACAACUGUAGUGUUGGGAUUAAUACAGCUGGUUUCAUGGCUUCUGGCAGGUCAGCAAAGCGCAAAUUGUUGAGCCUACUUCUGAUUUUCAGGUCACCAAUCUUAUCAAGCAGUUUGAGAGGUGAUUGGAUGUUGUUCUACAUUUUCAAGUCUUGAAGAGUUGGAUGCAAUAUGUCAAUGGAAGGUUUAAUUUCCAUCAACUUGUCAUCAAAAGUGAGGUGUAGCUGAUACCCCUCUAGGUACAGUGAGCAUGGGGGUCCACAUCUGGAUUACCCUUUUAACUUGGGGAGAGCCAAGCUACCUCAGACAAUCAAUUUGGACUUAUUUUGGCCUCGUCAUUGAGAUGUUGCUGAUGUCAAGGCAAAGUGAGCAAAGAAGGAUCUUAAUACUUUAGAGAGCUUAAAGAAGGUUAUUAAACUGGUUCAUGAAUUGCAGGAUUAAACUUACCAAGAAAGGUUAAAAGAUCUUUACAUGCAUAGCUCGUGAGAAAGACGAGACAUGGGGGAUACAAUAGAAACAUUUAAAUACAUAAAGGGAAUCAAUACAGUAAAGGAGGAGAGUUUAUUCUAAAGAAGAAAAACUACCUCAGCAAGAGGACAUAGUCUUAAGUUAGAGUGGCAAAGGUUUAAAAAUAAUACCAGAAGGAGGACGGGGCCUGACCGCCAAGCCGAGCGGAUGCAAUUCACAUCAGCUCCUGACCAAUACUCAUGUUAAAGGCCAAAUUCACUGUUUUGUAGCCCCUUCAGGCUUAUAAUCUACAACCGGAGACUCCUGGCAUCUCUAUAAGCAAUUGGCACACCGAGAUCUGGCACUGGCUUGCGUCAGCCGACGGGCCUGGUGGAGGAGGCAGACGAUCCUCCAAACUAGACCUGGCCAGGCAUACCGAGAGUGCUACCAGAGCCUUGUACCCCACAACCCCUGUGGUCCGGUGGGGGUUAUCCCGGACCCCACCACUCACCUUUGAAAUUCCCCUGGGCAACCUCUGCACAAUCGGCUCCCACGUGGUCAAACCAAAAUGGCAGACGACACCGCUGCUCCAUUGUGUGAGGCGACAGAGUUGACCCUCACGAAGCUGAACUUACUCUUUGAGGCCUUUUGGCAAAAGAUCAGGGAGAGGCAGUGCAGCGCAGCCUCAAGCCAUCAUUCAUCUCCUGCAACCCAGAGGUCCAUGACCCUUCCAAAAUAGAAUAGAGUCACACCUGGGCGCCGGACGAGACGGCGACCCAGGCGGACUGACUCAGAUGCAAAGCCUACCAGCAGAGCUUCCCCACGGACGCCCCCUGCCAAGACAGUACAUCUAUGCCACCAGCAGGCCACACUCGGCACAAGCAUUUAUGAGAGGAGUGGAAACAGCGAGAGAGCGGGUGGAAAUAGAGAGGGCAGGCAGCAACGGGAUAUGAUAUCCACAGAGACCCUGACUAUGCUGUCUACCCCAUGCAUGGUAUACCAGUUCAAUCCGACUCAAGGAGCCAGAGGGACAAGCCUGAAGACUCACGCUCCUCUACAAAUCAAUCUGGACCUGACAGCCACGGGCAUAGGUUGAGUCGACUAUAUGCGAGGGGACACUAGCUCUGUCAGUGCUUCUUCUCCCUCACAAUACUGCUCUCAAGCCAUUGGCGGAUCCAGGGGGGGCAACGGGGCAAUUGCCCCCCCCCCCCCGAGAUUCUCCCCUGCUGGCUAAUGCAGGGCUGGCAUUGUCCAAGCGCCAGCCCUGCUAUGUGCCUGCGGACUCCCUCCCCAGUCCGCAGGGACAUUGCUGACAGCAGGCAGGGGAGGGAGAGAGGACCCGGGAGCUAAGUCUGCAGCUCCUCAAGGUCCUGCUCUCGCGAGCACAGAGCGUUGCUGUGGUUACUACGGCAACGCUCCAAAUCUCGCAAGAGUGAACUCUAGCCCUGGAGCGUGGGCUAGACUUCACUCCACACUGGAACCACCAGGUAUUCCCACUGGGACCACCAGGGACGGGGAAAUGUCCCCCCUCCUCCUCAAUAAAGGUAAGAAGGGAGGGGGGACAUCAAUAUAUUUAUUUUAUUAAAUACAUUUUUUUUUUUAUUAAAAAGCCUCCCUACCCUCCUCCCCCCCAUACACACAUACACUACCCCCUAUACACACAUACACUGCCCCCCAUACACUGCCCCCAUACACACACACUGCUCCCCAUACACACACUGCUCCCCAUACACACACUGCCCCCACACACACUGCCCCCACACACACUGCACACCCAUACACACCCUGCUCCCCAUACACACACUGCACACCCAUACACACACUGCCCCACAAACACUGCACACCCAUACACACACAGACACAUACAGUGCCCUACACACACUGCUUCCCCCCCCAUACACACAUUGCCCCAAACACACACAACCCCUCCAUACAUACAGUACCCCCCAUACACACACUGCCCCACACAAACAGUGCCCCAAACUCACAUGCAGUGCCCCCAUACAUACUCUGCCACCCUCACACACACACACUGCCCCACACAUACACUGCCCCCUAACACACACUGCAACCCUGACAUACACUUCCGCCCUCACGCACUCACACACACACUUCACCGCUCACACACACACUGCACCUUUCACACACACUUCACCCCUAACACACACCACUGCUCCUAUGCCCUAUAUCCCAGCAGACCCCAGGUAAGUUGUCAAACUGUUCUUAAACGGUAUGACUACUUACUCUGGGGUGGGAUCCUGGCACUACUGGAACCAUAAACUACUGCACUGAGCUGUAGUGGUUAUUGUGCCAGGAUUAUUUAUUUAAAUAAUCUACAAGUGCCCAUCCCGAGAUCAGGCUCUGGAUCCGACACUGUCUCAAGCUACCAUAUGUGACUCUUUCUGUACUCAUAUGCCUCUUCAUACACCUAACAAAUUGUGCUUAGCUACUAACCUAUCUGGUGGUUACCUUUCCUUGAGCAUAUCCCAGCACAGUCAGAUACUAUACCUUGCAAUGUCUUAUCAUCUUAUGUUUUUGUAUUGACUCACACUCGUUUGACCAAGUUAUAUUUUAUUAUAAUCCCCAUGUCAAAGUGUCAAACCUGCAUAGUUUACAUGCUCAGGCUCCUUUUAUACACCUGACAUGGCGGUUUAGCUUGUAUCUGUCGCUACUUACUUAAACUAGGUGCAGCAUUUUCACAUGCUUUGUAUGGGUUCUGCUAAGAAUUUUGAAGAAUAGGAAUCAUAGUUAUACUGACCAGCACCACCUUACAAGCUCUCUCUAGUUAGUAGUCACUGUGUUGAUACCCCCCCUUUCUACUUGUUAUGACACAAACAUAUGGCCCAGCAUGGGAUAUCAUAGUCUCUUGUGUAACACCUACAGGCUUAGUAUCCCUGUGUUACUUUAUUUUAUUCUUACAUGUCAUGAUAUUAUCUGUUUAAUUAACUCUUGCAAAAAAGAAAAAAUGAGGUCAUAACUUUUGUUUGAAAGUCGCAAUGCAAUGCUAUGACUUAUCUUGGUAACCUGUUUAUGUAUUCUGUGCUGAACCUGACCUCAAUAAAACACAGAUUAUAGUAUAUAUAUAUAUAUAUAUAUAUACAGGGAGUGCAGAAUUAUUAGGCAAGUUGUAUUUUUGAGGAUUAAUUUUAUUAUUGAACAACAACCAUGUUCUCAAUGAACCCAAAAAACUCAUUAAUAUCAAAGCUGAAUAUUUUUGGAAGUAGUUUUUAGUUUGUUUUUAGUUAUAGCUAUGUUAGGGGGAUAUCUGUGUGUGCAGGUGACUAUUACUGUGCAUAAUUAUUAGGCAACUUAACAAAAAACAAAUAUAUACCCAUUUCAAUUAUUUAUUAUUACCAGUGAAACCAAUAUAACAUCUCAACAUUCACAAAUAUACAUUUCUGACAUUCAAAAACAAAACAAAAACAAAUCAGUGACCAAUAUAGCCACCUUUCUUUGCAAGGACACUCAAAAGCCUGCCAUCCAUGGAUUCUGUCAGUGUUUUGAUCUGUUCACCAUCAACAUUGCGUGCAGCAGCAACCACAGCCUCCCAGACACUGUUCAGAGAGGUGUACUGUUUUCCCUCCUUGUAAAUCUCACAUUUGAUGAUGGACCACAGGUUCUCAAUGGGGUUCAGAUCAGGUGAACAAGGAGGCCAUGUCAUUAGAUUUUCUUCUUUUAUACCCUUUCUUGCCAGCCACGCUGUGGAGUACUUGGACGCGUGUGAUGGAGCAUUGUCCUGCAUGAAAAUCAUGUUUUUCUUGAAGGAUGCAGACUUCUUCCUGUACCACUGCUUGAAGAAGGUGUCUUCCAGGAACUGGCAGUAGGACUGGGAGUUGAGCUUGACUCCAUCCUCAACCCGAAAAGGCCCCACAAGCUCAUUUUUGAUGAUACCAGCCCAAACCAGUACUCCACCUCCACCUUGCUGGCGUCUGAGUCGGACUGGAGCUCUCUGCCCUUUACCAAUCCAGCCACGGGCCCAUCCAUCUGGCCCAUCAAGACUCACUCUCAUUUCAUCAGUCCAUAAAACCUUAGAAAAAUCAGUCUUGAGAUAUUUCUUGGCCCAGUCUUGACGUUUCAGCUUGUGUGUCUUGUUCAGUGGUGGUCAUCUUUCAGCCUUUCUUACCUUGGCCAUGUCUCUGAGUAUUGCACACCUUGUGCUUUUGGGCACUCCAGUGAUGUUGCAGCUCUGAAAUAUGGCCAAACUGGUGGCAAGUGGCAUCGUGGCAGCUGCACGCUUGACUUUUCUCAGUUCAUGGGCAGUUAUUUUGCGCCUUGGUUUUUCCACACGCUUCUUGCGACCCUGUUGACUAUUUUGAAUGAAACGCUUGAUUGUUCGAUGAUCACGCUUCAGAAGCUUUGCAAUUUUAAGAGUGCUGCAUCCCUCUGCAAGAUAUCUCACUAUUUUUGACUUUUCUGAGCCUGUCAAGUCCUUCUUUUGACCCAUUUUGCCAAAGGAAAGGAAGUUGCCUAAUAAUUAUGCACACCUGAUAUAGGGUGUUGAUGUCAUUAGACCACACCCCUUCUCAUUACAGAGAUGCACAUCACCUAAUAUGCUUAAUUGGUAGUAGGCUUUCCAGCCUAUACAGCUUGGAGUAAGACAACAUGCAUAAAGAGGAUGAUGUGGUCAAAAUACUCAUUUGCCUAAUAAUUCUGCACUCCCUGUAUAUAUAUAUAUAUAUAUAUAUAUAUAUAUAUAAAAUCAGGAAGUAUUACUUUACUGAGAGGGUAGUGUAUGCAUGCGAUAGCCUUCCAACUGAAGUGGUAGAGGUUAACACAGUGAGGGAGUUUAAGCAUGCAUGUGUUAGGUAUAAGGCUAUCCUAGAUAUAAGAUAAGGCCAGGGACUAAUGACAGUAUUAGAAUAUUGGGCAGACUAGAUGGGCUGAUGGGUUCUUACCUUAAAAAUUCUAUGUUUCUAUGAAUGUGGGGUGCUAUAGCUCCAGGCCAGCACUACUUUAAAAUGCACCCCAUGCAGAGGUGUGCCUUUAUGGACCAGUGGGGAGCUCAACCAUUUCCUUUACCAACCUGUUGCAACCACUAUAAGGGGGAGGGGGAGUCCAUAAAGCUCCCUCAGCAUGGUCCUCUCCUGGUAUAUGAUUAAAGGACCACUAUAGUGCCAGGAAAACAUACUUGUUUUCCUGGCACUAUAGUGCCCUGAGGGUGCCCCCACCCUCAGGGACCCCCUCCCGCCCGGCUCUGGAAAGGGGUUAAAACUUACCUUUUUCCAGCUGCUCUGCCUCCUCUCCUCCUCCGAUCCUCCUCCUGGGCUGAAUGCGCAGCGCGGCAAGAGCUGCGCGGCAUUCAGCCCGUCCAUAGGAAAGCAUUUACAAUGCUUUCCUAACUGCGUGCUCUCACUGUGAAAAUCACAGUGAGAAGCACAAGCGCUUCUAGUGGCUGUCAAUGAGACAGCCACUAGAGGAUUAGGGGGAAGGCUUAACCCAUUCAUAAACAUAGCAGUUUCUCUGAAACUGCUAUGUUUAUAAAAAAAUGGGUUAACCCUAGCUGGACCUGGCACCCAGACCACUUCAUUAAGCUGAAGUGGUCUGGGUGCCUAGAGUGGUCCUUUAACACAAGCUUCGGGCAGUUUAGUUAGUUGCUGAGGGUUAUCACAGCAAAGCUCUGAUACUAUGAACUGGGAGCUUGCAAAAGCUUUUACACAAGGUCUGCCUCUGGCCGAUGGAGAGACCGAGGGUCUCUACACUGGACCAUCAGGAUGGAGAGACCGAGGCUCUCUACACUGGACCAUCAGGAUGGAGAGACCGAGGUUCUCUACACUGGACCAUCAGGAUGGAGAGACCGAGGGUCUUUACACUGGACCAUCAGUAUGGAGAGACCGAGGGUCUUUACACUGGACCAUCAGUAACAGAAGUUAUGUAGCCCUACCCAUCCCAGAAACAGAGGUAGAAGAGAUUAAACUUAUAUAUAUAUAUAUAUAUAUAUAUAUAUAUACACACACACACACACACACUGCAUCCCCAGCACAAACACACGCUGAACCCCCUACACAUACAAUACAUUCCUUGCACACACUACAUCCCUUAUAAAAAACUUAUAAAAUCAAACAGAUAUGUAAUGCACAGAGUGCCAGUGGGUCCUCUUAUCUCCACCCAAACUGCAGCUAUAAGGGAGAGCCAGAUUACGAUUGCCCAGGGCCCUAGGUAAUAUUCUAGAUUGGGACUCCCUUGAUAGAGUCCUGGGCACUUUCUGCUAGGGUUGUGUAUGGUGGCUAAGUGUUGUAUGUGUGUGGGGGAUACUGAGUGUUGUGUGUUUGUGUGUGGAGGAGGCAGUGAUACAUUUAUCUGAGAUAAAUCCAUAAACCCUGCAAAUCAUCGGAGAACAUAUUAGGACAGCAUUUUAAAAUAUAAUUCCCCUGCCAAUUAUUUGCACAUUGUUACUCCAUUAAUCCCCAAUUCCCAAAAUAGAAUAACUCACUCACUCUUUACCUUGCAAUUCAAACAUCCCUGUAAAUGUAUUUCCCUUUCCUUUUACCCAACACACAUACAGAAACACUUUCACAGAUAAGGACAUACACACAUGCAGACACUGAACUUACACAAAGACAUACAUUUAGAAAUACACUAAUCUUCACAUGUUCACAGUCACACACUCACUCACUCAUGAAGAAACACAGAUCCACCAUUGCAAACAUGGGCAUCUAAACCAUCCCUUAUUCAGCUCGCCCGGUCAGUUGUUAAAGGUGUUAUGGGUUACAGGCAACAUCAGAUCACAGGUGGAACAGGGCAUUUCCAUUUUGUACACCUGAUCCAGUUGGCUUUAGGGGAGGAACAUGCCCUGGGUGCUUUUCCCCUCUGGAUCUGAAAGCUGGAUCUUUUGAAAGGAAUCCCACACAUACACCUCAGGAGCUCCAGGCCAAGACACUCUGCCCCUAUCUUAGCCCAGGCCCUAGGCAGCCAACUUUGCCACCUUAUGGAUAAUCCGCUCUACUAUAAGGAGGUUGAGCAGGAAAAAAUAGAGAGCUCAGUGAUUGGUACCAUUGUUUACCCAAGCCAUGUACAAGGCUGAUGAAUAAUCGUUAAUUGGUGUCAUGGGGUAAGGAAAGCCCACUAGCCACAUAUUAAAAAUAUAGAUAAAGCCGAAUCCCCUGGUCCAUCUUUAUAAAUGAUACAGCCAGUGGUUUUGGGAUCAUAGUAUAACCUCCCUUGAUGGAUUAUGGACCAUUACUAUGUUAUAGAAAUAUAAAUUCCUGUUUUCUUCCACCUCUAAUAAGGAGGAAGUGGAAGGAGUGAAAUCUGACAAAACCUUCAACCUAACAAACAACUGUGAAAAUAUAAUUUCUUACUUAAUCAUACUAAAUAUGUCCCUCAGAUCCAUCAAACUCUACGUAUGGAAAAAAAAUCCAAAUACUUUGUAUGUAUUAUUUAAAAUAAAGUUAUAUAAGAAAUAUCAUGCACAAAAAUGAAUACUGACCAUCCAGACUGGUGGGAAAAGGAUGGGGCUUUGGCUUCGGUUCAUAUUUUAUUCCAGAUGCACAAAACACUUAUAGUCGUAUAACCACCACUAGAGAAUUUGAGACAAUUGUGCAGUUUCAGGCUAAUUCAGUGUUUACUUGCGUUCCUUAAAUAGCAGCGCCAUCUAAUGUGCAAGAUAAGCAUAACAGAGUGCAAUUACAUUACGUUUUAGCAUUAUAUGUAUAAUGGUGUUAUUAUUAUUUAUAUAGGGCCAACACAUUCCACAGCGCUUUACAAUUAUAGAAAGGUGAUAUAUAACAAAAUGAAGGGUGAAGAAGGUUCUACUCUAACAAGCUCACAAUCUAUGAGGAUUAGCAGUAGGCACAUAUAUUCGAAAACAAGAGAAAUCUCAAUGUAUCCUUCCUGGUAAAAUAAUUUCUAGAUACAUAAAUGAAAUAUAGGUGUUUUGCCCAGGAACAUUUACUGGUCUGGUGGUCUUACCUGAGCUUCCCAGUAAUGUAACCAACGCUCUAAACAGUCAUGUUAGUGCAUCUACUAGAGUUAAAGGUACACUCAAUUGAAUUUUUAAAGAAAAUGUUUUUUUAACAGUUUAUUAGAUAUCCCCAGAGAAUAGAUGCAUGUAUUUUCCUGCAAUCUUGUUUGGGUCUUUUUUUUUUCCCAUCCAUUAAGACGAUUCUCGUUGUAGAUCAUAUUGCAUCCGUAUUACCAUGUGUACUAAAUGUAUCUUUAGAGUCGGUGUCACUAUGAAGAGUAAUGCAAGCAUGCAAAAACCUAAAGGGUACCUACAAACUAAAUAUAUGGAUACCACGCGCACAGAUUAAGUCCCAGGCACUCCAUAACUUAAAAAAUCAAGCUUAAUCAAAGGGCUGUGAGAUUUCCAAAAGAGCAUAAUAAUUAGAUGUAUAAUUUCCAAAAAUAGUAAUUUAUUUAGAACAGAUUAUAACACAGAAACUGUUCUGAACGUGUUAAAAUCUUGAAUUUGGAAAGUCUGUAAUUCUCCCCCAAGAUAAUUGGACAUUUAUUGUAAAUUUAUUAAGGGAUAUAUAUAAGGUAAAUACCUAAAUAAGAUGCUAUUAAUUAAUCAGAAAACUCUGUACUUGUGACUUGCCUGUAGAUAUUACUUACCGAAAUUAAAAGUUGAGUUGAAAAAAAAAAUGUUUUCAUUGUGUCACUUUAAGAUUUAUACAGAAACACCUUGGAACAAUUAGUUUAAGUUGGUUAAAUCAAAUGUUGACCUAAGUUAAAGAAGUAAGAACAUGUUUUUGCUGGAGGCAGUGACUUGCAUUAAUUUGUGUUGUUUGUUUGUUGUUUGUUUGUUUUCCUGCUUUUGGGGAUAACCCAAGCCUAAUUCCAAAGCUGAAAUUUUUCCAGGGGUAGGAUACCGAUGGAUCUUACUGUCUUGCAGGAAUAUUGUUGAUAGUAGACAGUACUGUCUGGGAGACAAUUCAGGUACUUAAUUAAGGAAACCGCAUUAAAUAUAAAUAGAUAAUAUACAUGAAGGAAAAAAGGGAGGACGAAAGAAAAAGGAUAAAAAAGGAGCGAGAGUUAGAAAAAAAGGAAAAAAAUAAAUGAAUCUAUUUUAGAACACUUCUUAAACUGAUGACUUAUCUAAACUUGACCUGGAAUCUUCCCCCACCCCAACAUAGCACCUAAGCAAGAUAAAACUCUUGGAUCUGAUAAAAAUAAAUCCAUAAAUAUAUAUUUGCUCAUCUAAACCUCAGAAUUCUCUAAAAAUACACCAAAGGAGCUUGGUGUGAGUCUGUAGGGAGCACAAACCCUUUCAUUUUCCCAAGAUUCCUUAUCAGCCAUGAUUGAAAACUUUUAUAGAAGAAUUAAAAAAGAUCAUACAAUACUGAUUUGACAAAUUAAGUGGCCAGCCUAGAUGAAAAACUGUUCAAACAAUUUGAUUUACUGGUAAAAAAAAAUCCAGAAUGAUUUCUUAGAAAAACAAUCAGAAAAUCUCCACUUAAAAUCUAAAAUCCAAUACCUAGAAACUCAAAUAUUUGACUUGGAAGAAAUAUUACAAUUAGAUUUAUUUAAUAAUGGAAUUUAUCGAUUACUGACAUAAGGGUUAUGGGUUAAUGGGUAAAGGAAAUAGAGAAAGUAUAUUAUUACUCACCUGUUUCCACCAAUUAUUACAUACAUUAUUCACUACACAAACAUUCGUUCAUAAUAAAGAUUUAUAAGAGAUCUCGUGGAGGAAAGGAGUUAAUGUCAAUGAAAAUAGGCGUAGAGCAGAAAAGCAUAAAAUAAGGAAAGGGUCUGAUACUCUGGGGGUUUUUUCGGAAGGAAGGAAGAGAGGGAGGGCAAAUAGAAAUAAGAAGGGAAGAGGGAAAAACAGAAAGGAAAGAAAAAAAAUGGGGGUAGAAGAUAGAAGGGAAAGUGGGAAAUAUUAAAAAUGUCAAAGGAAACCACACAGCACCCCCUCCACACACAGCACCGUCCCCACACACAGCACCCCUACAUACACUGCACCCCCAACACAGAACCACUACAUACACACACACUGCACCCUUACACACACUGAACCCCCCCCACACACACACAAACACACACAGCACACAAUACACACCACCCCCGCACGCACAGCACCCUCUCUACACAUACACGUAGCACCCUCUCCACACCCCCACAGCACACACGGAACCCUACACACUGAACCCCCCCACACACAGCACACCACCCCAUACACAGCACCACCUACACACACAGCACCCCCUCUACACAUAGCACCCCCUUUACACACACACAGCACUUCUUACACACACAGCAUCCCUCCACAUACACACAGAAGACCCUUCACGCACACACACAGCAUGCCCUCCACACACACAGCACCCACACAGAACCCCUACACAGCACCCCCACAGCACCCCCUCCACACAUAGCACACACACACACAGCACCCCUUCCACACACAGCACCCCCCCCACAUACACAGCACCCCAACCACACAUACACUGCACACCCACACACCGAACCCCUACACACACUGCAACCCCAACACACUGAAUCUCUACACACACUAAUGCUCUACACACACUCACUGCACCCCAUAUUGCAGUCUGUGUGUGUGUGUAUUCAGCAGUCUGUGAGUCGUGUGUGUGUGUGUUCAGUAGUUUGUAUGUAUUCAACAGUCUGGGAGAGUAUUCAGCUGUCUGUGUGUAUUCUGCAGUCUGUCUGUGUGUAUUCUGCAGUCUCUGUGUGUGCAUUCAGCAGUCUCUGUGUGUGUAUUCAGCAUCAGUCUGUCUGUGUGUGUAUUCAGCAUCAGUCUGUCUGUGUGUUCAGCAGUCUCUGUGUGUGUGUAUUCAUUAUCAGUCUGUCUGUGUGUAUUCAGCAGUCUGUCUGUGUGUUCAGCAGUCUGUUUGUGUGUGUGUGUGUUCAGCAGUUUGUCUGUGUGUGUGUUCAGCAGUACGUGAAUGUGUGUUCAGCAGCCAGUAUUUGUGUGUAUUCAGCAUUGUGUGUGUGUAUGUAUUCAGUCUGUGUGCGUGUAUGUAUUCAGCAGUUUGUGUGUGCGUAUUAAGCAGUCUGUGUGUGUGUGUGUGUGUGUGUGUGUGCGUGUAUUCAGCAGCCUGUGUGUGUAUUCAGCAGUCUGUCUGUCUGUGUAUGUAUUGUAUUAGUUGGAGGUACCAAUAUAUAUAAGCCAAAUGUUAUCCAUAAUUUAUUUUUUUUAUUCCUGUGGUUGCAUAGGCAAGGCCCAAGUGCAUUGCUAUUAUGCUAGUACGAUGGCCCUGGUCUAAAGUCACAUCAAAUAUUUGUAUAUUAAACAUAAUAUGAAUAAUAUAUUUUUAAAAAUUAGAAAUUAAGAAUUUUUUUUUUUUUUUUUUUUUUUUAGUUCUACAUGACGUAACUGUGAAUAUCACAAUUAGCUGUUACUGCAAUAAAGUACAAAUAUUUGUAUUUAGCAAUGUCUCACGGGUAAAACUGUACCACCAACGUACAGGUUUUAUGGGGUUUUGGAAAAUUACAGGGUCAAAUAUAGCACAUUACAUUUUUCAGUUUAUACACAAAGCCAAACUGGUUAUGUUGCCUAUGAGACCGUAUGGUAGCCCAGGAAAAUUACCCCCAUGAUGGCAUACCAUUUGCAAAAGUAGACAACCCAAGGUAUUACAAAUGGGUUAUGACCAGUCUUUUCUAGUAGCCACUUAGUCACAAACACUGGCCAAAGUUAGCAUUCAUAUUUGUUUUUGUGUGAAAAAGGCAAAAAACUACAUUGAACGCUAAUUUUGGCCAGAUGUUGUGGCCAUUUGCAAUACCUUGGCCUGUCUACUUUUGCAAAUGGUAUGCCAUCAUAGUAAUAAUUCUCAAUCCUGGGCUACCUUACGGUUUCAAAGGCAACGUAACCAAUCAGGCAAAUUUUAAUGAAAAAAAUAAAUCUUUAUAUCUCUUUGUUCAAACAGGAAAAUAUAAAUAAAAUAACUCAAAAUUUAAACACCUCUCAAGUUAUAUCAAAUAUUUAAAAAAAAAAAACAAAUUGAAAUAUAAAAAGAAAAACAAAUAUAUUAAAAAAUAAAAAUGGGUAUGGGAUGGGGCCUGACUGUGAUGAUGGAGAGAUACGCCUUGAGCUGGCUCCUCCAUAAUCCUGAUAAAAUACACAAUCUGCACCUUCAUUGAGCAUUCUUAGAGACGAAUCCAGUGUGGAGACUGCUCCCCAACCUAUAUGACAUGCUGUGUAGCGAUUGGUGAUUACUUGGGAGCUCACUGACCCCACUUUGGCAAAUGCGGUCUAGUGCGCAUUAGGCGGAAGUGGCAGCCAAUCUCCCUGUCUGGAGUUGCCCAGAAGCAGUGCUUACCGAGCAAGUGCACAUUAUAGCACCGAGUGUGUAUCUCGUUAGUACACUCACCCUCACCCUGGCCCCAGAGGGACGCUUUAUUUUAUACUCUAUUACUUUCGUUCAGUCUCACACAAGUUAAUUUAUCGCAUGUUAUCUAUUAUUUGUCAAUACCCGUGCGUGUUACUCUUACUUAUUUACUAUUAAAUUGGAUAUUGAUUGCAUAAUUAUUUCACCUUCUGAUGUAUGAUUAAUACCACAACAAAAAUAAAGAAUUUAAAAAAAAAAUGUUUUUACAAGUGGAAGGGUCUGCAAAUCUCAUGGUAAGGAAUAAAUACAAUCAAUGCAUUUAUUUUACUAAAAUUAAUGUAUCUGUUUAAAUCAAUAACUCUUAGCGUCCAGUUCUGGAAAGCAAUUAUGAACUUUUUGGGGGGGAAUAGGUUACCUAGAGUACCGUAUGGUACAUAAACCAGAAGAACGUAGAAUUGUAGAAUAAAUAUUCCCAAUAUAAAAGAGUUACAUGAUAACAUCAUGUUUACUCAUUUCCUGAAAAUACCUCUCUUCAACCUGGCCUGGGUAGACUCAGAUCAGUAGAAUACCUUUUUGACCCCUAACCCAAUAGUCAGAGAUAUAAUAAUAGCCCUGAGACAAUUUAAGAAAAAAACAUAACAUUUCUAACUAACUACUUCCUUUUACCAUCACAGUAAUUCUUCAGUUUUACAUUUAAGAUAUCAAUCUGGCUAAAUGGAGAGAAUGUACUAUUCACAAUAUAUCUCAAAUUGCUCCCUUUGGCAUGAUGUUAUCGUUCUCUAGUUUACUAACUUUGUUUGAAUUACCUGAAAACGAACUUUACAGUUCUAUUAGAAUCAAACAUUUAAUCACUAAAAUGGGAAUUGAAAAAUAUUCUGAAUUUGGGAAACGUGAAAAAUGCAUUUUAAAAAACCAAAAACCUAUUUCUAGGACUAUACAUUUUAUGUAUAGCUUCAAAGAAGUAGAUAAACCUCAGUCUAUAAAUAAAUGGGAAAGCGAUUUUUGGAAAUCUUUUCAAUUAAUAUGUGGGGAGUGGUUUUCAUGCAGGUUAAAAAGCCUUCUACUAGUUUAAGCCUGCAAAAAAAAUGUCUAAGAUUAUGCAUAGGUGUUACUUAAUUCCUAAAAGAAUCAAGAAAUUUCAACAUAAUUAUCCAAAUAUCUUUUGGAGACGUUCGAAAUCUGAUGGCAGAUUGUACACGUGGUGGGAGCGCAAGGUUCUCGCAGAAGAGAAGAAUCACCAACAUCUUGGUGGCAAUGUGCAUGCAGGAAAUUGUCUUAUCACCACAGUUAUUUCUGUUUCAUAAAUGCAGAAUAGAACAUACAUGUCUAACUAUUGCCAGAAAAUGGAAAGCCCCUUCAGAAAUAGUUACUCCAGUCGGCUACCAGUGUCGAAUGGAAGAGGGGUUUUUACAGAUUAGCUGGUAAAAUUACACAAUGCAGAGAUAUCUGGUAAGACUAAACCAAAAACCUUAAAUUGAUCAUGUGAAAAAUGUCAGAGCAUCUGUCGCAGUAUAUAACCUAUACAGAAAGUAAUAGUUAAAGCAAUACCGCCAUCCAGAAACCCCUCCCACCUGCCAAUAACAAUUAACAACUUAUCAAUAGAUUAUCACCUUAGUAAUCUCCAUAUAGGAAAGGAUUUUGUAUACGACAAUAUUUCCAUCUACAUUUAUAUAAAUCUAAAUCUGUGAGUAUAUGUUCUUUGCACAAUGUAUUGGUCUUUUCUACAUUUUCAAUAAAAACAAAACAAAACAAAAAAAGCAAAUGUAAAUGAAAACGUUAAGCGUUUUGCAACUAAAGCCGGGAUAUAGUUCAUGUUCCUUUAUGUACACCAUGCCUUGGGUUCUAUGCGUUUUUGUUUAAUAAUAUUUGGAUAAUGAACUUUGUCAUUUCAUUUUUUCCAUUCCUGUAAAAAGAAAUCUGUGUCCAUAAGUUCAUUGUGCUUAAAGGUCAUAUUCAACCUCAUUGAAUUACCCAAGAUGACGAAUGAAUCAUCCUCUUUACCUUUCCUUACAAUGGUCAGAAUCUCAAUGCACCUCGUUAAGAUUCUAGAUUACUUUUAUUUACACAUUUCCCUUGGGACUGCUUGAUGAGCUUUAUGGGAGGGGGUCCUGAGAGACUCUCACCCUUUCUUUGCACGUGAAAUUCACUUUGAAUUUAUGUUUUAGUAAAUAACCCUGUUAAAGAUAUUCACACACAAGAUCGUGACUCAGGAUGCUGGAGUCAUUGGAGAAGCAUAAGGACUAUAAGGAAGCUCUUAAAGUAAUCUGCACUCAAAAGAGGUGCAGACCAUACACUCCUUUGAAGCAGCGAGGGGAUGCAGAGCUGAGUAAGGAGGUCUUUUGAAUUCCAUGACAGUUUUUGCAGGCUAAGUGCCUCUAAACAAUCAGAGCUUGAGGCACUGAUGCAAAAAGCAAUCUCCUACAGCUCAGGAUUGCUUACCAGAUAAUCUAUGUCUUAUAACAGUACACGCAAAAAUAUUGGCGGUACAGCCAGUGCAACUACACCAGAACACUGCAGGAUAGUGAGGACUCACCUUUGACUGACUUUGGGCUAAUUAGGGCAGUGCUAGAUUACCUGCAACCAGUAGCAUAUUAAUAGGGGCUGGUGGGGACCAUCCACCUCGACUGUAGCAUAAGUGGGUUGACUGUGGCAGAUAAUCUAUGUUCCUCUACCUGGACUGCAAUUCUAGAGUGGCCGUGGGGUGGGGGUUAAGAGACACGCAAGGAAAAGAUAUAGUGGGUUAACCAACACUCAAAGGCUUAGAGGGUUUAAGAUAUACACAAAGCAUGAAAAGAGUUUUGAGAGGUACACAAGGGGUAAGGGGGAUUAAAAGACACACAACGGUAAAGCGUGGUUGAGAUACAUAAUAGGGUAAGAGGGAAUUUAAAAAUACCCACAAGAGGUAAAGUGGAAUUGAGAGACACGAGGAGUAAGGAGGGGAGUUAAGAGGCACACAAAGGUAAGGGGUGAAAAGAGACUAAAAGCUUUAAGAGGGUUAGGAGAGAAACACAAUCAAGCAAGAGGGGUUAGGGGGCACUCACAAGGAGGCAAAAUAUGGUGCAGAGACACACAAUGUGGGAUGGUGCGCUACACAAACAUUUUAUCCCCUCUUAGGAGUCAAAUAACCUAGGUACACCACUGCUCACAAGACUAAAGUAAAACAAAAUGCUUAGGCAUUGUGACUUUGCCUGGUGUAUGGGGGACACUAAGUUACUGGGCACCUCCAGGGUAUGUGCCGUUCCACUAUUUUGGUUAUUAUUGUAUGCUUGUAGCAUGGCGUAUAUCCCUUGCUGGUUUGCAUUUUGGGUGUCACACAUCAAGUUUGCUCACAGAGUCUGCUUUAAUCACAGUCUCAGAUAGCAUAAAUGAGCUUUAAGUUUUGCUUUUGUACAAAUCUCAAGCAGCUCCAUUAUGGUCAUGCUUACUCUGUAUUGUUGUAGGCCUAGAUCAUGUUUCCUCUGGCCCUCAGCUUUAUUAAAGAACAUGCAUGGUUACAUAAAGGCUGCUCAAAAUAUCUGUGACGUUUGAACACCGCAUCAAACAUCUGCUGAACACCAGGGAUGAGGUGACCACUUACAAGCCUAGAAAGACAAGUUAUGAAAAGGCGGGUCUUCUUAAUAAGAAAUCAAGAACAAACAUUUCCGCCUCCCACUGACGCACUGAAACUACAAUCUCGGAGCAAAAAUUACAAUCCAUGAAAUUCAAAAUGUUGCUAAUUACUCAGAGGACACAAUGUCACAGCAUAAUAAAAUGUCUGUAAUGUUCUCCCCAUACUUGCCACUGGGUUGCUUUAUCAUUCUCUAUGGCAGGGGUACCCAAUUAUUUUUUCCCGUGGAACCCUCUGACAGAGUAUCAACAUUGGAGAUCACUGCUCACUCGCCACCCGCGGCCAUUUUGUUUUCAAAAUUUUUGGCGGAACUACAAUUAGUGUUCCGCGGAACCCUGAACACCAAUUGGGAAACGCUGCUCUAUGGUAACUGCAAAGGAAUCGAUUGAUGAGGACUUUGCUCAUAACACAUAAAACCUAGACUGUAUGUGAAAGUCUACAUAAUUACGGGAAACACAAAUUGCUUGUUUUUUUUACUAUCAGUUCUACAUUGGGCUGUUUAUAUAUUAUGCAAUCAUUCACAUCUACUAAAACAAUGAAUGCCUUGGGCCCAAUGGCUUGUUACCCCAGUUCUGCUAUAAUGCAAAGUGAAUUGCUGUGUCCUUUGUGAUUUCCACAUUUCCUCCACUCCCAUAUUUUCAUCCCCUGGAAGAGGUUAACAAAAUAUAAUAACACACGGAGUCAAUAAGCAAAUUUAAAAAAGAUCAAGCUUGAUGUUAAUAAAUAAACCUAUCAAAUCAGCUUGUCCCUUUGAAAGAGUUCUUGAGGCAAUAUAUACCUAAGAUAGCUUCUUGCUGCCCCCAUAUGCUAUUUAACACUGGCACUUCCAGGAUCCCAUGCAGUGGUAACAUACGGUGGCAAACGGCGUGAUUGUGCAUACAAUCUCUUUUGGCAGCUAAACUAAUAAUUGCGGUAACAGAUAUUGCAUUUGGCAGUAAUACUGAAUCCUAUAUUUUCUUUCCAAUAAAUAUAUAUAGUUACGGUGGGCAGUCUGUGUAUACAUUAGGUUAGUAAAGAUACGUUUAAUGAAAACAAGUGUGUCUCCCAUGAUCUUUUUCUAAAAAACUUAAAAGAAAUAGACGCCAGGCCUUUUCAGAAAAAUAUGGAAAGAAGUAUUUGUGGUUUAAUUCCGUUAGGCCUCUGAAAAGCUGAGCUAGCAUGCUUUUUACAUUUUCUAAAUUCUUAUCUCUCCCUUGCAGUAUUUCCCUUGGUUGUGUGCAAAAAAUAGGAAAAUUAGUUUUAAAUUAGUCAUGUAUGAACUGAAAGCUCUGGCGUUUUGCACGCAAGGAUGUACAGCUUCAGAUAGUGACAUUUUUACUUUUUUCAUAUGCCUCGCUAAAAUCUUUUAAACUGAUGGAAACAAAACUUAAUAGUAACUAGCAUUAUUCUGUUUUAAUGCAUAUUACUUUGAAUAUAAAAUAUAAUUCUCUAUCCAAAACAUUAGUAACCCCAUAAUGAUGUAACAAUUUGUACUCACCAAAACAAAACCUGGAAUUUGCGUUGUGUGUCUGUUCAAUUUAUAAUUUACCUCUUUCAUAUUAAGCGUACCCACAAUUAUUAGAUACCAUUUUGUUCAAGAGAAACAGGGCUUUCAUUUCACAGCUAAUAUUUACAUAUAAAACAUAAUAAAUAAAAUCUAAAGAGUGUGAGAAAUUUAUAAAAUGUGUUUUCUUAGUUCUGCGUGACAUUUUAACUGUGAAUGCCAUAAUGCUGUUAGCUUUUGCUGCAUAAAAAUACACAUAUUUGUGUUAAGCGAUGUCUCACGAGUUCAACAGUACCCCGCAUGUUCAGGUUUUAUUGUGUUUUGAAGAGUUACAGGGUCAAAUAUAAAACUUGGCCAUUUCAGUUUUUAUACAUUGAAAUUUGACAGAUUAGUUAGGUUGCCUUUGAGACUGUGUAUGGCAGCCCAGGUAUGAGAAUUACCCCCCAGCAUGCCAAGUUUAAUGUUCAUAUUUGUUUUUGCAUUUUUCCACACACAAACUGCACUUUCACUGCUGAUAUCACACAUGAUAUCAUCAUCGUUGUAGAAUAUUGCAUAUUUCGCGUUUCUAUUGAUUAUUUAUGGAUGUCUGGAUUGACAUAAGUAACAGAUGGUAUCAAUAAGCCACAAGGCUUUCUUUGUAUGAGAAUUCUGCAAUGUGGGUGGUCUUGUCCUUAUAUGGCUAGAGUUGUACUCUGACAUUAGUAUGGGCAUAUCCAAAUAGUAACUGAACAAGGGGACACGAGGUCUCUCUCUCUCUCGGCUCUUCUUUCUGUACAGCUAUGUAAAGAUGUAAUUCUUCCUUCAGGAGUCCAGCAAUUACCAUCUGCUGUUGAACAUCCAUGAUCAUGUAACAUCCUUUGUUGUUUUAUUAUGUAUCCGUUACUCAAUCAAUAAACCUGAAGAAACCGUAAAUCAGAUUGCGUAUUACUACUUUUCAUUAAUAUAGACGUAUAUUAAUGUGCAAGCCUUUGUCCCAAGACUAUAUAUACAAAAGACGGAUAUAUAAAUCAACUGGAAAAAGACAGAAGAAAUAAAGAUUUUACAAUCGUGAUACAUUUUACUGUUUUAUGGUAUCUUGGAAAGAUACAGGGUUAAAUAUAGGGCUUCCUGAUAAAAAUAUAGAGCAUGCUGAUGAAAGUCUGGAUGAGGACUGAAACGUUGAUGAUACUGUAAAGUUACUGAACAUUGGUGAAUAAAGUUUGCAAAUUAAGAAUACCAGUGAGUGACAUUUUUCGAGUGUAUGUAUUGCUAAAAGGCUGGAGGAGCACCUUGGCAAGUAUAGCUGAAGAGUGGGUGCAGAACCGUGCUUUUUGUUAUACAUACAUAUAUACACUGAACAAAAUUAUAAACGCAACACUUUUGUUUUUGCCCCCAUUUUUCAUGAGCUGACUUUUUCUAUGUACACAAAAUGCCUAUUUCUCUCAAAUAUUGUUCACAAAUCUGUCUAAAUCUGUGUUAGUGAGCACUACUCCUUUGCCGAGAUAAUCCAUCCACCUCACAAGUGUGGCACAUCAAGAUGCUGAUUAGACAGCAUGAUUAUUGCAGAGGUGUGCCUUAGGCUGGCCACAAUAAAAGGCCACUCUAAAAUGUGCUUACUCCAUGGAUGCAUGAUUGACAAACAAACAGACAAAGAUGGAAUAAUAGGCUUUACAGGUAUUUUUAAAAAAGUUUAUUGGAAGGCUGUGACUUGCAGGAUUUAGAUUUUUUUUUUUAAGGCAAUUAUGUCUUAGCAAUGCAUAGCAAAAUAAACUACAUACACAGCUUACAAAGGGUACGUUCAGCAUUGAGUACCACCGGUGGGGUCUGUUACAUUAGUGAUUUGGUGUUGUCAUGCACUCAAAACUACCUCUGGCGUCCUCAGUGUGAAACAAAUAUCCCGCCUAUGUUGAUUUCUUAGUAACCAGAAUUGUUUUAUCUCACAAACAACACUUUCUCAAUUGCUGGCUAGCAUUCUAACGUCCUCGCGUAUGUUGCUACAUGUAUGUUUGCUAAUAGAAUGGUUUAUGUACACAAAUCAUCUGAUUUAAAACAGUAGGCACUAUAAAGUAAGCCAAUGUUUCAGUGCAAUUCCUAAACAGCUGCACAUGUUUUAGUCAUAAUAUGUUGCAUGUUCGAACAGCCCCUCUGGUAUGGGUGGGACUGAGAAUGUAAGAAACACCAGACGAGUUGUGGUGGUAGAGGAUUCUAUUAUUAAGAGAGUAGAUAGUGUAAUCUGCCACUCUGAUCAUCUCAACUGGAAAAUUCUCUGUCUCUCGGGUGCUCGGGUCCAGCAUAUUGCUGACAGAGUGGAUGGAUUAUUGGGAGGAGCUGGGGAUGACCAACCUGUCAUGGUCCAUAUUGGCAACAAUGACACAUUCAGAUGUAAUUUGUGGUCCUAAAUAAUGAGUUCAGGGAUUUAGGAAGAGGAAAAGGACCUCCAAGGUAGUGUUUUCAGAAAUAUUAACGGUGCUGCUCACUACAGUAGAAAAUCAGCGGGAGACUAGGGAGUUUAAUGCAUGGCUAAAGUCAUACUCUAGGAAACUUUUUUUUUUUUUUUUUUAGCUCUUCAGAGCAAUGGGCUGAUUUAGCACGUGGGUACAACCUUUAGAGUCGUGAUAAAUUGCUUCUAAACUGAAGAAGUCCAUUUAGUUCCUCAUACAACUUCAUGCCUUGGGAUGAAUUCAAUCAAGAAGGAGGGUUAGUGCCCACCAGUUCAGGAAGUACAGCUAGUUCCUCUCUACCCUUAGACAUCAGAACAACUGAGGACUGUCCCAGAGAGAAAAUAAGAGGAAUUGUCUUCACCAAUGAAUUAUGAGCUGGGGAAUCGGAAUGGUAUAGGGGUGGAGGAAAUUUUAAGCUAGUGGUAGAGGGGGAAGGACGAAGAAAACUACAAAAUGGAGAUAGCACAUAGAUGAAAUGGGAUUUUGCUCAGCACAAAGAGGGUGGAGAUGGGGAAGAGGCAAUAUCAGGAAAGAGGAGGUAUGUAAUAGAAAUAGAAAUUCACAUAAAGUACAAGUGACUAAUGACAAUAUUAAAGUACGCAAGGAUCCUAAAUAACAAAAUGGGGGACACUAUAGCAUACAUAAAGCAAUAUAAAAUAAUAGGCAUAACAAAAACGUGUGAGUGCUUUUAAUCUGCUAACAUGUGAGUGCUUUUACUCUUCUAACAUUAAACUGUUAUGUUUUUAUGGAGAGCACUAUGGCUUGUCAAUUUUUUCUUUCAGAGCACAGUGAGGAUCUAGACACUUUAGAUCGGUCGCUGUGAUCUAAAAGUGAUUAUACACCACCUACUACAACAUUUUUAUUGCGGCUAUCGAUACCUUGAUAUAUAUCUUACACUCUAUAUUUCAGAGUAUAUUUCAGAGUAUAGUUUUGGAUAAUCUGCAACUCUUAUUACUUCAUAACAUGUCAUAACAUCCAGUUAGUUGAAACAUUGUUGCAUAUAGAUAUCUUCAGUACUGAUUCCACUAUUGUGAUUUUAUAUGGAUUUUAUCUUCAUGAUAUCUCUAUUUUGAACUUCAAGACUUUUGAUCUAUAUCUAGAUGUGACAUUUUAGUAGCUGUCCAUCCUUAUUUCCAUAUCUCAUUGCUUUAUUUGUUUUUAUUUGCCUUUGUUGUACUUUUCCCCAUUUAGUUGAUGUUACCCAAUUCCCAGUAGGGGCAACACUUUUCCUGGACAUCCCUCAUUGAGUGUUUGAUUAUUGCUUUUAUAUUGGUGUUUUAUAUGGUAUUUCAUUUAUGUAUUUUCUCACUUGAACCUUUUAAAAUUUAUUUUAGAUCCAGCAAGUAUUCAUAUGCAUUUUCUGCAAGCUAUCUCCUGGUACGUUUAGGAUCUUUAUUUCUUAUUUUAUUCAUAACAAAAACAUGGUGGGAUGAGACACAUGACUGGGCAGCUAACUUAUUUGGUUACACUAUUUAAGAAUUAUAGAAAAAACUAGAAAGGUGGCGGGGUAUGUUUGUAUGUCAACAAUGAGUUAAACCCAAAUACUAGGAAGGGGAAUGUGAGGAGGAAUAUGUGGAAGCGUUAUGGUUAGAUAUCUGUUUGGGGCAAAAGAAGGGAAAAUUAUUAUUGGUUAGGAAAUGUUAUAAACCACCUAGUGUUAAUAUUGAUGAGGGAGACCAGCUAUUAGAGCAAAUUGGGAAAGUGGCAAAUCUGGGUAACACGUUAAUUACGGGAUAUUGUAUUUGCCAUGACAUAAAUUGGGAUAGAUGGACUAGUAGUUGAGCAAGGGGAAUCAGGUUUUUGAAUGUGUUAAAUGAUACCUGCAUGUCCCAACUAGCACAAGCACCUGGUUAUAAAAAACAAUGCUGAUCUUUUUUUAUUUUUUUUAUUUUAUUGUUUUUGCAGUGCUUAGAAUUACAAACAUGCGUGUGCUGCCACAACAGCAGGUACAAGCUAAUAAGUAGAUCAGGGUAAACAUUGUUAUGGCAUGCAAGAAACAGCACAAUUUUAUGGUUAAUAAGGUAUGUCUGAGGAUUUUCUAUGCUUAAGUAGGAUAUAUAAUCAGAGGAGGGACAAAGAGGAAAACAUGUAAGAUGCAAGCUAGGUUGUCUGAUUGUGUAGCUUUGACAGGUGUAAGUCAAACAAGUGUGUCAUAUAUACAAGAUGUAAAAAUGAAAUUACUUUGCUAGGCUAGCUGACCACACUGAGUAGGACAAAUAUAGUGUAACCACCAGUAUUGAGUAUCAUCAAGAGAUCAAUAUAUGCUUUGUAUAGGAAAGCAAAAAGAAUGCAAAACAGCAUAGUACAAGUUAAAAGCAGUUAGGUGGAGUGAAAUGCUGAUCUUUUGACCUACAUUCAAGUAGGGGAGCACUUGGGGAAUGGGUAUCCCAAUUUGGUGUCUUUUGAAAUAAACUCAAAAAAGCAUGUGGGGUAUACUAAAACAUAUUUCAAAAAAAGGCUAAUUUCAAUAAGAUAAGUGCACCUUUUACAACAUGUUGACUGACAUCAACUCUUUAGGGAAAAAAAACAAAACACUGAGGAUAAAUAGAAUAUCUUCAAACAUGUAUUAGGAAGGUACGUUACUCAGUAUGUACCAUUGGGUAAUAAAUAUAAAAGAAACAAACUGAAACCAAGAUGGUUUAGUGGGAAAUGUUAUGAUAUGAGAUGUUGUACCCUAUUUCAAACCAGCUGCAUCUCCGACUCCAGUCAUCAAUAAAAAAAAAAAUGAGGGUCAUUAACCCAUUGUACAGUGCUACGGAAUAUGAUGGCGCUAUAUAAAUAAUAAAAUAAUAAUUAAUAUACCACAGCUCUCUAUUUAUCGGUAGAAAUCUUACAAUGCCAAUCAGUGUCUUUUCAGACCUGGCUGGUAAAGAAAUGGUUAAGCAGAUCAGUGACAUUCUUCCCCUAUUAAUGACAGAUUAUUGCUCAAACUGAACCGAGAUGGAAAUGGAUAUGAUAGGGAAGGAAAUGACUCAAGCCACAUAAAACAAAUUGUUUAAGUGUGUAACACAGUAACACAGUCAGUGCAACAAGUCGUGUCCACUAAGAGCUGAAUGAAAUAGUGUAACAAACUGAGCCAUUGACUCAUCCAGCAAUGCUUGGUAUGUUGUUUAGCUCAGCCCAAUGCUGUCAUAACUUUAUUUAUUUACACUGAGAGUAGAAUACUUCAUAUUUCUAAACCAGAGGGAGUGGAGUUUAAUCCAAUACAAAGUUAUAGAAAAUAGAGGCGGAGAGGGAAAAAAGACGAGGAGGGGAGUUAGUGAGCAGAUUUUGGUUAGUGGGCGUCUCGUUCUUCCACCCAGCAGCAAACUUUACCACAAGCCGGAGCUUGGAUACUGCAUGGUGACACUGCAUGCAUUGUGAGUGUGCACACUGAGCUGGAUUCCCUACAACUAGCAACAAAGCCAGGAGCCACAUUGCUUCUCACAGCCACCCAGAGUGCUGACCCCGGACAGCCCUCCUGAUUCAGAGCUCAGGGCAGACAGAGAGAAGAGCACAUCUUCCCAGCAGCUGGACCUGUGCGAGCCUGUGUGCUGCUCCUGGUAGGUUUGGACUGUGACAUUCUUUGAGCUAUUCUGUGUUGGGGUGAGGGUAGGGGGGAGGAGGAGAGCUGGAGAGAGCAUCCUCCUAACCACGAUUUAUACAUGUUAACAGCUACAGGACAGGAGCAAUGUGUGUAUAUUAACUACCGAUACAGGAGCAAUGUGUGUAUAUUAACUACUGAUACAGGAGCAAUGUGUGUAUAUUAACUACCGAUACAGGAGCAAUGUAUGUAUAUAUAUUAUAUUAACAGACACAGGAGCAAUGUAUACAUAUUAACUACUGAUACAGGAGCAAUGUAUGUACAUAUAUUAUAUUAACAGACACAGGAGCAAUGUAUACAUAUUAACUACAGAUACAGGAGCAAUGUAUGUACAUAUAUUAUAUUAACAGACACAGGAGCAAUGUAUACAUAUUAACUACAGAUACAGGAGCAAUGUAUGUACAUAUAUUAUAUUAACAGACACAGGAGCAAUGUAUACAUAUUAACUACAGAUACAGGAGCAAUGUAUGUACAUAUAUUAUAUUAACAGACACAGGAGCAAUGUAUACAUAUUAACUACAGAUACAGGAGCAAUGUAUGUACAUAUAUUAUAUUAACAGACACAGGAGCAAUGUAUACAUAUUAACUACAGAUACAGGAGCAAUGUAUGUACAUAUAUUAUAUUAACAGACACAGGAGCAAUGUAUACAUAUUAACUACAGAUACAGGAGCAAUGUAUGUACAUAUAUUAUAUUAACAGACACAGGAGCAAUGUAUACAUAUUAACUACAGAUACAGGAGCAAUGUAUAUAUAUUAUAUUAACUACUGAUACAGGAGGAAUGUAUAUAUAUUAUAUUAACUACUGAUACAGGAGCAAUGUAUAUAUAUUAUAUUAACUACUGAUACAGGAGGAAUGUAUAUAUAUUAUAUUAACUACUGAUACAGGAGGAAUGUAUACAUAUUAACUACCGAUACAGGAGCAAUGUAUAUAUAUUAUAUUAACAGGUACAGGAGGAAUGUAUACAUAUUAACUACUGAUACAGGAGGAAUGUAUACAUAUUAACUACCGAUACAGGAGCAAUGUAUAUAUAUUAUAUUAACAGGUACAGGAGGAAUGUAUACAUAUUAACUACCGAUACAGGAGGAAUGUAUACAUAUUAACUACUGAUACAGGAGCAAUGUAUAUAUAUUAUAUUAACAGGUACAGGAGGAAUGUAUACAUAUUAACUACUGAUACAGGAGGAAUGUAUACAUAUUAACUACCGAUACAGGAGGAAUGUAUAUAUAUUAUAUUAACAGGUACAGGAGGAAUGUAUACAUAUUAACUACCGAUACAGGAGGAAUGUAUACAUAUUAACUAUUGAUACAGGAGGAAUGUAUACAUAUUAACUACCGAUACAGGAGCAAUGUAUAUAUAUUAUAUUAACAGGUACAGGAGGAAUGUAUACAUAUUAACUACCGAUACAGGAGGAAUGUAUACAUAUUAACUAUUGAUACAGGAGGAAUGUAUACAUAUUAACUAUUGAUACAGGAGCAAUGUAUACAUAUUAACUACUGAUACAUGAGGAAUGCAUGUAUAUUAACUAUUGAUACAGGAGGAAUGCAUGUAUAUUAACUAUUGAUAAAGGAGAAAUGCAUGUAUAUUAACUAUUGAUACAGGAGGAAUGUAUGUAUAUUAACUAUUGAUACAGGAGGAAUGUAUGUAUGCAUUUGUACAACUGCCACAGAAGAAACAUAUUUAAACUAACAAGUACAACUGACAUGUAUACAUGUUAAUAGGUACAGGUGAGAGUAAUACACAUGUUAAUAGAUGUAGAUUUCUUAUGAAUGUAUAGCUCAAAGGAAGCAGUCAUGUGCGUGUAAAUGUGAAGCAACAGUAAGAAUUUAGAAUAAUUGAAUAGUCAUAUUUUAGUAUUUAAUAUACAAGACGAAAUUAGGGUGCCACCAUUAAAUAUAUUAUUUUUAUUACAAGGGUUUAUUUUAAAUAAAUUAAUCCCUUUAGGGCCAAACUAUUUUAUUUUUAAUAUUACAAAAUAGUAUUUUAUUGAGAAACAAAGGGAUAACAGAGUUUUACUAUUUUAUGGGCCACAAAGAGUGGUGCAGAUAUCAAAUUGUGGUUACAAGUUGAUACAUAGAACAUAUUCCGUUUAAAUUAUAAAAAUAAAAGAUUAUGAAAAUGACUAGAAAAUAAGAAAUUUAGAAAAGCAGAUUUAGCAUGUAAAGUAGUAUAGACACACAAUUAGAUAGAUAGAUAGAUAGAUAGAUAGAUAGAUAAUCAAAACAAGUAUAGAAACUGAAUUAAAGACCCAUUUUAAGCAUUGCACUGAACCUUUUACACUGUGGAGUCAAUUUGUUAAAGGCGCACUUUGAGAUAGCUUGUAGACUUGAAAAAUUGUUCAUUCCAAAACUGCAAUUUAUCCAAAUUUGGGCUGAUUGGAUUACCCAAACUCCAAGCCGAAAUAUGAACAAAACUCAACAUGCAAUGGAUGUGCAUGUAUGUUUUGAUUCCUGAUUCAGAAUUCCACCUGUGGCACCAGAAAAAAGAGAAACCCUGAUGGGAAAAAGGAUGAUUGAUGACUAGGAGAUAGCCACUAAAUGGGAGGAUGAGGGAAAAAAAUUGAUAUACAGAUGUAUUUAUAUAUUUAAUAAAGAAUAAAUAACGAUAGAUUUAUUACUCUUUUCCCUCUAUUGGUUACUUAUUCUCACUUGACCUGUAAACCAAUUUGUGUAUAUUUUACAGCUCCCUGAUUGGCCCAUUUAAGCUCCCCUUUGAAUCGUCUGAUUUGUCUUCCAAAUCUUUCUUUGUUAACAAAAUUUGGACAAGCUGAACUGCCACAUGGCCGAAAUUCGGAAUGCCCACAUUUUGUGUUUUUAUAAAAAAAAUUUUUAACUAAGUGGUUUGGCCCAAACAAGUUUUUUCACCCCGCAGAAGUCUAGCAGCUUGAUGCAUAGCAGCAUAAACCAGCAAAAUUAUUGAAAACCACAGGCCUAGGCAAGAGUUAUAAGGUCCCUAACUUCAUAAUCAUAUUUAAAUUUUUGUCCAGGAUUUGUGACAGUGUUCAAUCACUACAUGCAAAAUAAGAAUGAUAACUUGUAACAUCUCCUAUAAAAGAAAUGUUGAAUUAUCUAUGUUCUGUUUGAAACACUUUUUCAUACCGUGGCAGCUGCUCAAUGUCGUUUGAAAUAUAUAUGCUUGGAAACACCAAAAUAGUUACAAUUACAGGAAAAAAGAAAAUGAACUUUCAGUAGCAUGAAAGUCCCACUUAGUCAUUUCCUUAUCUAAAGGAUGGCCGGAUUCCAGCUAGUGCUUGAAGGAUAGGGAAUAAUCACGUACAAUGGGGUUUUGCUCUAACAGGCAGAAGAUGUCUGACAUCUUUUAAAUAGGAAUUGUAGCUGCAGGGUGUUUUCCCUGUUCAGACUGAUACAGUAAUUUUCUUUAGGAUAACGUGUUGGGUAAAAGGCACACAUAAUUAGGGAACCGUGUUUACAUAGUAUGUGACAGAACCUGUAACACUGUCAUUAUCAGAGAUCAGCAAUAAUUGCUAAGUUGCAUCUGGCUUAUUAAUAGUGGCCCAUUGAUUUUACGUAAUACGCUACCAGAAUCUUACAGUAGCAUGGGUUUAAAGGGUCUUCAUGCAGAUAAGUAGAAAGUGAAAAUAUGGUUCGGUGUUAAAAAAGCAGGCGGGGAGAGCUAUACAGCACACUCAUUUGACUACAUUUUAUGGAAAUUCUCCUAUCCCAUUGUUUCCAACAUCCACCAAAUUGUAUUCUCUACUUUAAAACGAAUUAUGAAUUUAAAACCUCCCUAUUUGCUGAUUAAGUAAAAUACAUCUGUUGACUAGAGAAAAUAAUUAUCCUUUUUCCAAUAUAACUAUUCUUCCGAUUUAGUUGCCUGCGAACCCCAAAUCUCUUAUUAGGGCAUGAUAUAGGUAGUAAAUAUGCUUUAAAGCAUGGCUAAAUGACUUCCAACUGUGGUCAGUGCAGAUACUUUUUGCUUAAGUUGCUGUAAUACGUCCAGUGUAUUUUUGGAACGUGCUGUUCUGUAUGAAUUUGGUGUGUUUUUAACUUUUCUUUGCAUGUUUUUCUUGCUCGGUCUCUCUAAAAAUAACUGGUAAUGAUUUAAUAUUUUUUGGGUUAAAAAAAAAGUUUAAACUUCUCCAAAGUCACAAAAGCUGAAACUGCAAUCUUUUUUUUUUUGAUCUCCCAGUGUAUCGUGUAAACAGAGUAAAGAUGACUACUUCUCUAACUCUAUACUACCUGCUACAAUUCUGUGGUCAUUCCUGGAUCUUCACUAAUAUGACUGCAAGACUUCUCUUCUUUGGAAAAGGUAAUUUUACUAUAUAUAUAUAUAUAUAUAUAUAUAUAUAUAUAUAUAUAUAUAUGUAUUCACGUGUAACUUACUAAAGGGGAAGUAUCCCCAAAUAUAAGACCUCUCUCUCUCUAAUGGGAGUAGAAAGCGUUGCUUGUAGACUUUAUUGUAAUAUUUGCGGUACUUUUAUUCAAUGUGCUAAGUAAGAUGGCAUGUGACCUUACAAUCUUAAAAUAUUAUGUGUGUCAAAUGAAACAUAACAAGGAAAAAGUAUAGAGGAGAACUGUCAGGGUGAGUAUACCCAAAUACUCAGAACCUGCAAUAAUUAAAAAUGACAAAGCAUAGACAUAUUAUUGGACCUUAAGUGGCAGUGCUUAACAUGUAAAAGAGAGAAAUCAUGUUCAAUUAAAAAGCCAAGGUCAUGAAUUUCAAUUAUCAUAUUAACUAGGCAGGUCAGGGUCACAGAGGUACUCAAAGUCCAGAAACAAGUCAAGGUCAAACCAAAAACAGGAAUAUAAACGUGCUAAUCGGGUACUAGAACAGAAACCACAAUAGGGCAAAAGGAAUGGUGUCAAAAUAGCUAAAACAGGUGUGAACUGACAGGUCCAUAUCACCCCUGCAAACCCACAAAGUGUGGGAAAGAGGCCGCCAGAAUAAUGUGGUCAAUUGCAAACCGGAAGUGACUAAGCAUGCCUCAGAUUUACAUAUGGACGCGCUCUGCAAGCAAGCAGCUUCCAUUAGACUGACUGCAAGUGGGUCACAUGCAAAAUCGACCCAUUCGGCUUGUGGAAUACCGUGUCAACCAGGCAGUUCCCAUGAGAAGAAUUAAGACAGGGCAUCAUAGAAAAAGCAAAAAACGGGGUGCAAGAGAAUACUGAGAAGAGGCAGUAGCUGAAAUAGCCUGCCCUUGGGUGGGUCCCCGCUCAGAUCUCAAGCUGGCUUUAGCUCAUCUUGUGCCAUUACAGAGAGAAAAAACUAUUUCCGAUAUAUAGUGUAUAUGAUAUGUACUUAAAAUAUGCCUAAUUCAUGUUUUCAGCAGUUUAGCUCAUGAGGAUCUUAUGAAGAAAAAAAAAACUGGGAAAAAAAAACUAGCAUUGUGAUUUCCCAAACAAGUAUUUACCCAUCUGUAAUGAACACUGGUAUUUCAGAUACCCGUUUGUUUGUUUCCUCCCUAACUGCUAGGAGCUGAGUAAUUAUAGCACGCAGUUCGGGUGUUGAUUUGAACGUUCUCCAGAAGAAAUACAGAAUACAAGUAAAUUCACCAAGCAAAUCAGACAGAUAUCCAAACAUCAGCCUAGACUAGAUGAAAGGUACAACAGGAAUGAAUUUUUUUCAGACCAACUGGACGGUUUUUAUGCAUGUCCCCAUGCAAGGGGUUUACCGUGACAUAUUCCAGAGGCAUUCCCCACUGGACCUGAGAGGGGACUAUGGCAAAGUACACACUGGAAGUACAUUGGCUCUCAGGUCCAGGACACUCCCACAUAAAAUAGGAUAAUCCUUCCCCUGUGUUUGGAAGAUAAUUGAGUCAAGGAUUGUACUAAACUCAAUUAUCUCCAGGCACAAAAAAACAUACAUUUCCACAAAACUUUGAAAGUAUCUCAAGCCCCAUGGAAACCCCACACAAGUUAUAUCCUCUGAUAACCCCGAUCUGGGGGACCAACAUAUUCAAAAAUCACUGAGAUCAGUUCAGGGGUUCGGGAUUUCCAUGAAGGUCAUAAUUUGACCGACCGCACACAAGAUCUUAUGUUUAAAACAGUUCCACAGCUUCAGAGGUAGCGGUCGGUACAUUACAGGAAGUCUAAAAACCGAACAAAUUCUGGAGUCGUGUGUCCAAUUUUAGGUCCAGACACCAAGUCCUUGUACCUCAUUUCGUGAGACAAGAUGGCCGCCGUUUUUUUCCAGCACUUGGCAUUCGGCCAUACAAACGGCGGACACACAGGGAGAGCACUUAAUCUGCAUUUUUUUCUUUGUGGUUAUUGAGCCAGGGGGUGGUCGGUGUUCGGUAGUUUUAUCUACCGAACGUGAAAAAGCCAAGUUAACGAGCUAAAUGUGUGGUUUCUUUACACCACCAGUAAUUAGAAAAUAUCAGUUUGAUGUACAAAAUACAUAUUAUAUAAGAAUUCUUGAUACGUGCAAUACUUUCUUACAUUAUAGACAUAUAAUCACGUGAGGGCUUGGCAGGAUUUGCCACACAUACACACUAGCCAAGAUCACCAAGACUGAUGAUGUCAGCUGAGUAGGUGGGGCACCAGCACAGAGACCAGCACGGCAAAUGAGUAGAGAUAAAUGUGGGCUAACAAUAUAGCCUUGGGAAUACCUGUCUGCAUUCUUAACGCUAUAGUGUUCCUUUAAGUGAUCAGGAGAUAAAGCUUCCUGCACCCAGUUAAGGAUAAGAAAUUCCAUACUCUAGAGGAUCUAAGGGCAUAUUGAUAAGGGCAAAGAAAGAUAAUGAUGUCACAUCUCCACCUGAUUUGCACAUUCUCUGUGCAUAGAGGCACUUAGAUUGUAAAUAUAGGCUGUAUCUGCUGUUAAUGUACCUUACUUUCAAUCCAUCAUGUUUCAAACAUUAAAUUCACCUGGUUAGCCGAGUUACUGCUUACUCAGCCUAGGCAGUGCCUUACCAUAUUGUCUUAUUGAAAGCCAGGGUGUGUGACAAGUUUAAUUUAGAAAAGUGUCAAUUUCUGGAAAUCUGCACUUUUUGUAAAAUGAAAAAAAAGAGGACUCACUCUUCACACAUAAGGCACUUUAGCAAGUACUGUGGCUGUGUUCUGUGUGCUAAUUGAUGCAUAUUACUUGGUCCAUGCAGAUUCCUUUGCUGAUACAUUCUACACAAUCGGGCUAGUAAUGCAGGCCUGCCAGUUACUGUCUGCACUGGAGCUGAUACUCCCACUGCUGGGCAACCAACAACACCGAUUCUUGCCAAGUUUUUUACAGGUACAAUAGUUACAUUUCUAUUGGUUUUAGUUAUUGAUGUGUUAAAGACAGUCUGCAUAGUGUUGCGGUUAUUCACUACUUCCAUAAAUAAAUCCAUAUCGCAAAACUAAUUCAGCUCUGACUAAAACGGAGUUGGAGAAUUUUCCAGAUAAUUUAUUUAUGUCAGAAUUGUUCCAUUCAGAUAUCAAUUGACUACCAUUUGGAAUUUAGUGAAUAAAUCCAGGUAAAUACAAUUAUAUAGAACUGGGUAAUAUCAGUUAGAAGCAAUGGAAAUUGCAGUGUUGAGCAAGCUGGGGCAGUGCCUUCUACUAAUGAGGAUUGUAUGUUUUUGUACUAUAGUACUAUACUAUACUAUCUUUGCUAUAGUAACCUAUAUUUAUAGCUGCUAAUUGUAUACAGUAUGCCCACAGUGGGAGAAGAAAAUCUAAAGUCAAAGGUUGCCAAGACAUUUUUUUAAAGAGCCAUUACAGCAUGCUCUGGCACCACCUAUUGUAAGUUGUCAAACCAUUUUAGAAUGAUUUCACUUCACACUUGGGGUCCACCAGAAGCCACUUCCAGUCUCACUACUUCAGACAGAGUUGGAAGCUCAAUGUCUGGGCUAAGCCCAUCGAUGCUCAGCUAAUGUGCUAGCACUGCACUAUGGGGAUUAGCUCAACAGAGCUAAUGGAAACUCCUGCUUAGGAGCCCUCUGCUCCCUGUUAGAAGUAAUAAUAUUUAUAUUAUAUUCUAACUAAUAAUAAUAAAAAAACAAGAAGAUAUUUUAGAUUAGGAAGUGAAUUUGCUCCAAAUAACUGGCUACAUUAGAAUUAAUACUUUUAAGUACUUCCUUUGUAUACUAUAUAUUCCUACAGUUAAGUAAAAUGCACAACAUUCAUGUAGGAGAAUGAGACAACGUGGUUAUGAAAAUCUAAUAAAGAAAUGGGUGCCAUAAUCUGUAAUUUAAUUAGGGAUACUUAAAAAAACAAACAAAAAAAAACAUACCUAAACAUUGGUUAAAUAUAGCAGGGAAGAGUGAGGAGGGUGGAAAUUUUGAUCAAGACCCAGUGUAAUCAAUUACAUCAUAUCCGCUUAGACUCCUUUAUUGACAAUAAGUCAACAGCAAACAGGAAGAUGAAAAAUUAAAAUAGUGCAAAGAAGGUGCGGUGACCACAUAAAAUGAUAAGACCACAGUUAGAUGAGGAAGAGAGGAAAUAGGUGCAGGUGUCGGAAGAAGAGAGAAAUUAGAGAUAGUGAGAUGUUACCGGGCAAAUGGAUAUUAUAUACGAGAAAAGCUCUGUCUAGUUCAUAUAAUUAAUGGAGUGUUUAACAUUAAAAUGGAUGAGUUUCUGAAAAGAGGAGAUGAACACUGUCAGUGUGGUAAUUCUCAAGCCAAGCGGACCAAAUUAUGUAUGAAUUUUAAAACAGUUUUAUUUCUGAAUGCUUAAAUGGCAUUGUCAUAUCGGUGCUAAAUCUAACAUUUGAACAAACAAAAACUAUUACAGUGGUUAAGCAUGUGAAAUUUAUAUCUUUCUUAUGUAUCUCUAUUUCAGAUAGUCAAACAACCCUAUCCCUUUAGCACAGUGAUUCAGAGGGUCUAGUUUUAUUAUAUUGAGUUGUCUCUCUAUAGUCCAAGUGUGCAUCUGCAGAAUUAUAUGUGUGUCUCCAUCUAUAUGGGCAAGGAAGGGAGCAGGUCGAAUGUAUAUGUUCUAACACAGUAUGCAUAAUGGAUUGGAUACAUUAAUCUUAGAACAACCCUUGUGUGAACUAUUUAACCAUUCUAAAAGUGGUGAGCUAUGUGAGUGACAGAUUCCUUUCCAUUUUAGGUAACCGAAAGGCUUGUCAUCCUAUUUGUGGUCAUCACCAGCCAGGAGGAGGUGCAGAGUAAAUGUGUAGUCUGUGCUUUGUUCUUCCUAUGGAACAUGUGGGAUGUUGUAAGGUAAUAUAUUUUAAACUAAUAACAUUAAGGAUUUAAUGUUUGCUCACUAUUGUUCCCCAUAUCCAAUGUUUAUCCAACAAACCAAUUAACUGAAAUACAAACAUUUCUGUAUUACAAAAGAACUUGCUAAUGCAAAUUGCAGCGUAAGCACAGUCUGUGCCUUUAAUGUUUGAUGUUUAAUGAGGGCUUGUAAUGUACCCUUAAAACAUAUUCCAGGGUGUGACGAAUAAGCAAUUGUGUACUACCAUUUUAGGUGUGUUGCAGUUUUUGGUUCUGUAAUUAUAUGGAAGUAAAAUAUGUGAUGUAUUGGUUAUAAGUAGAUAACAACUGGUUCUUUAGACCAAACAAAUAUGAUGCCUGUGAUUUGAGACACUGAGUCCGAUGGGAAGUAUGUGAGAACAAAAACUAUAUCAUCAUCAAUUAUGGUGGCUAUCAGUCACAGUUUCUGGUAUGAUAUUGUUUGCCAGGCUGAGCCUGUUUCAGGGCCUGCACAGGGAGUACAUGGAGAGCAGCCCUACCACACAGCAACAACCAAUGUGUGAGUGAGGUUGAGAAGUUUUGUCCCUGCCCUAUCAGCACAUACUGUGCCUUAUUCCACGCGGAGCACAGUAAUGCUGUCACUGAAUGGACACUAAAGGGGAGAUUGUUACUGACAUAUGGGGGUAGUGGAGAGGCACAUAGGGCACAUUAUGGUUUGCAUGAAGCAGGAUACAAAAGGCAUGUAGAGUUAUAUGCAAAAGGGGGAAUGGAGACUAGCACACACACACACGAUUAAUCACUAAAUUGAGAAAUAAAAGUAAAUGUCAAAUUUAAGUCCAAAGCGGCCAAACUGGAAGUAUAGCUGACUUACAGAUUUUUUUUCUGCUUUGGCUAUUUUGACCUUACAUUUUUAAUUCUUACUUUAGUAAAUAACACUAAAAAUGUUGGGCAUGCAGAAUAGCUCACAAAAGGUUGACAUGGAGGACGGAGCAGGAUUAAUCAUAGGCUACUGCCUAGGGCCCAUGUUUUAAGUAGGGGUCCUUGAACCAUAAAUCGUCUUAUCCCUAUUCACCAUCCCUAUGUGAAGAAUGACAGGGUGCUACAAAUCGGUAACCUGCUUAUGGCCCUUUUCUGAUUGAGGACCACAGACAAGGGGCAUAGAGAAUGACACACAAGGAGGCAUAGAUAGUGAUGUACAAGCGGAGACAUAAAGAGGGUCACACACUAUGUUGGGAAAGAAAAGAUCCAGAAAUAUACACACACACACACACACACACACACACUUAAUGAAUGGUUCAUUUCAUGCGUCACUGUAGACCUAGUCAUACUUUAUAUGUUUGUGGAAUCUUGGAGUGGUUGUAGCAUGGUUUAUGUUAGAUAGUUUUCUCCAUUUAAUGUAAUGUCUCUUCUUUCCUUGGCACAGAUACUCAUACUACAUGUUAACAGCAGUAGGCAUGAACUAUCCUCCCGUUACAUGGCUUAAACACACAUGGUGGAUUCCAGUUUAUCCUUUAUCAGUACUGGCUGAAGGUAAAAUAUAUACAAGCUCAUUGACCAAUGAUCACAAUUACUUCAUAUGAUUGAGUCAUAAGCAUAAUUUCUUUUUGUUUAAUCAAUUGCUGCUGCUGAAGAUAGCAUAACUGACUUACGACCCAAAACCAACACUGCCACCAUCGGUGCAGUUUUAUACCAGUUUACAAAUUCUACAAAACCCAAACUCAUCUCAUGACUAGUCCACAGUUCUCAUAUUCUAUAUUCAGGUUCCCAUGCCAUGUUUAUGGUACAAAUUACAAUGAUGUUCUUAGCACAACCAACCCUUCAUUACCAGUGUAUGGGGCACAGAUUCUCUUCCUCCAGGUCAAAGAACUAAAUCUUUGAUGUCAAAAAGAAACUGAAGUUUCUCUCUGAGAAGUACUGCAUAGGACACAGUGAGGUUGGGCAAUAAAGUAUGCUUUAUUUAAGAAAAAUAAAAUGUCAUCUUUAAGAAUACUAAUUUUAAAGAAGGUGACAGUUAAGGAUAGAUGGUUUUAUUAACCCCAUAAGGGCACAUGACGGAAAUAUUCUGUCAUGAUUCCCUUUUAUUCCAGAAGUUGUGUCCUUAAGGGGUUAAAGAUCAGGGUGAAAAAACUGCUUAUACUAAUGUAUACGGAAGGCAAUUUAUAUUAAAAAACUAUAAAACUAAAUUGUGCAGCUACUCAUGACAUUCAGUGUUCUUAUGCAGUCUGAAAGUGUCUUGUUUUACACAAAAUGCCAUAGUCACUUUCUGUAUGCAUAUCUGCAGAACCAAAAUAAAGAAUGUAAAAAACAAACAAACAAACAAAAACUAUUUUUGUGAGUUACAUACACCAUAUUGGAACAAAUCUCUUAAUUAUUGAAUUUAGAUGUUUCAGUCAGACCCAUUGCCACAGGUUUAUCAAAUCAAGCACCUAGCCAUGCAGCCUACCUUCACAAAUAUUUGUGAAUAAAAUGGGUCCCAAGCGUCGAACUGGUGUAAAGCAUACAGCCUUUGGAGUAGUGGUAACGUGUUCUGUGGAGGGACAAAUCGCGCUUCUCUGUUUAGCAGUCUGAUGGGUGAGCAUAGGUUUAGCAGAUGUGAGGAGAACAUUAGCUGUCUGACUGCAUUAUGCCAACUGUACAGUUUGGAGAAGGAGGGAUAAUGGUUUGGGCCUGUUUGGGCUAGGCUCUUUACUUUCAGUGAAGGGAAAUCUUAAUGCUUCAGCAUACCAAGACAUUUUGGACAAUGCUAUGCUUCCAAUUUUCUGGGAAAUGUUUGAGGAAGUCCCUUUUCUAUUCCAAUAUGACUGGGCCCCAGUGCACAAAGCAAGGUUUAUAAAAACAUGACCAUGACUUUGGUAUGGAAGAACUUGAUUGGCUCGCAGAGCCCUGACCUCAACCCCAUCAAACACAUUUGGGAUGAACUAGAAUAAAGACUGCCAGCCAAGUCCAACAUCAGUACCUGACCUCACAAAGGCUCUACUGUGAACUGAUGAACGGGCAAAAACUGAAGAUUAUGCUAGCUUUAGUGUACUAAUAAUCUUCUUUACAUUUUUUAUUUUUGUAGUGCAUAGAUGUGACACAAACAGGCAAGAGGUGCCCCAAAGCCAGUCCUCCAGCUUUUUCCCAUGCAGAACAUGCGGGGCACAAGAGUAACAUGCACAAUUUUAAAUUUUAAACAGGUUUAAGCAUUCGAAUACCGUAGUAGAUUGUAAAUAUGGUCUAAGAGUAUAAGCAGUUUCAGCAUCGUAGUUUCGACUGUACGUAAACACCUAUACUACAUACAUGUUUGGUCAGAGCUUGAGUUAGGUUAGUUUCUCACGAUUAAUACAGGCAUACAUAAACAGGUAUACAUCGUUAGUCAGGUAGACAGGCAAUUGCUAUUGAUCUAACAGUAUGGUCUUAUGUUAUGCUAGUGUAGCAAUGUCUGUAGAAUGAUAUUGCAACACACUCAACAGGCAUUAUACGUUUUCCCUGUUAGUACCUAUUGGCUCUUUAUGCUAUCUGCACCUAUCAAGGGUUAAGCAAACAUAUAUAGCGCUGUGCAUGAAAUCAAGACAUAAAGAUACUAUCAGAGCCUGCUGGGAUCAGUGUUAUGAGAGAUGUGCUUUGAGAAGCAGAAAGGAGCUUAACCAGGGCAGCAGAAAACAUGGGAAUGCUUCUUGCAAGGUGGAAUAAAGUUGUGCCAGAUAGCUACUGGGUCAGUCCUUUGGUUGAGAUCUUGUAAAGUCCUGAUAUUCAGAUUGGACUGUGCGUUUGAGGACCUGCAUGGGUUUGUUUAGUCCAUACCUAGUGCUGGCAGGCUGUUUGCUCUGAAGGAUGCAUAUCAGUCAGGGAAAGAAUUGUUGCGUUGCUCCUCACAGAAAAGACCUGGGUGCAGGUGCAGCCAUUGUAGUCGUCCUCUGGGCAGAUAAAAUGGGCCCCAGGAGAGUGAUGGCGUCCUCCACAGGCGCAAAGGUUUUUUGUUUUGUUUCUUUCUCCCACCCGAUAGAUGUGUGGUUAGCAUCCCCUUAGUCUGCUCAAUGUAAUCCGCCGGCGCAUCCCCGGGGCAGGUUGCUGUGGUGAUCCGAUGGCGUUGGAUGGUUUCUCCUGCGGUAGGUCGCACAUGAGACUGGCGUGCGGCGGCCAUCUUGAGGAAUGCUGCCGGAGAGUGUUCCAUAGCAGGGUGGUAGUUUUCGUCCCCGCGUGGCGUGACAGUAGUUGCAUGCGUGUGUGCAGACCGGGAUGACCCCCCCGGUCCAGAGGGGGGGAAGCCAGACACCGGCCGGAGACCCGGCCGUCUUGUCCCGGCUCAAGCUCCUGCACGCCUCGGGCCUUCAUCGGGUUACUGUAGGCAUCUUGAAGGGUAUCCCCUCGUACCCCAGGAUCUGGGGAUCAGUGUGAUCUUUGUUGCGGGUGGCUAGGAAGGUUUUGCCUCCAGUUUGCGCCGUUUUCCUGGCCCCAUAGCGGGAGCUCAGACAGAACGCGUCUGAUCCCGUCGGCGGUCCGGCCCCACCCUAGUAUACUAAUAAUCUUGAUUCUAAUAAUGAUAGUAGGGGAAUAUUUAGCAUUAACUUUCUUUACUGAACUCCACAGAAAUUUGGUCCUGCAGAUCAUAUGUUCAAUAUGGAAGCAGGCACUUAGGGCAGGAGAGGUCUAGGGACCAAGAAGGAGGUAUAACAACAGUUGUGAGAACAAACUGUGACAAAGUUUGCAGAGGCUGUAAGCCACGUGUUACAAUAGGCAGUAGAAUUCAACUGGGGCUUACCCAGGAAAUCAGAAGCCAGCAAAAACAGGUUCCACUCGACAGCACAUGAAAACGAGGGCUCACCCCAAGCCAGUAUACAGGUUAGAUCCAGCUGGCUAUAAACAGUGCGCAGUGCACCAACACGAGCCUGGUCCCAGUGAAUUUCUGCAAGUAUAGGAAUUCGGGAACUAUAAGAGCGCUAUGCUCGUGCAUCUACAUGAUGGCCCGAGCUCCGGUAAUGCCUGUGCAACAGGAAAAAGCCACAGUAAGCGGGUAGAGAGUCCCCAGACCCUCCUAGAACCAGGGAACCAUAGGUUUGGGGAGCCUAGUGGAUGAAGGAGAAUUCCCCCACAGGACCAGUGCCCCAGAAUGCCAAAGGGAACUGCCAGACAAAAAACCCAAGUAAAAGAAGGGUGAAAACCGGGAAACACAAAUAAAAUACAAGAAACAUACACAAAAGAAAAGUGUAACAAGAAAAAUAUCCAAAAUAAACCACAAUAUGCAAAGACAGAGGUCUGACUUAUCUAGUGAUGGAGCAGCAAAGAAAGAGGAAGUACUACAGUUACACACGCCUCUUAUUACCUUUACAUGAUGAUUUUCAGUUUUUUCUCUAUGUUUCCUUUGAUGUUGUGGAGUUUAGUAAAAAAAAAGUUAAUGCAAAAUAUGAAACCUUCUGUCGUUUACGUUAAAUUCCCACAGAAACGCUCCUGUGGAAAGCCUUCCCAGAAGAGUGGAAGCUGUUAUAGCUACAACGGGGGGGCCUACUACAAAUAUCUACUUGUUUGGAAUGCAAAGUCAUAAAAGUCCCUGUUAGUUUAUGGUUAAGUGUCCCAAUACUUUUGUCCAUAUAGUGUAUAUCUUAAUGCAGGCCAAUCGGGACACUCCAUUUCACCUAAAAAUGUAUUAUAUAGUUCAGAUUCAAUCUGUAAAUAUCAUUGUGAUAAUAUAGAAAUAGAUACAUAAAAAAAAAAUAAAAAAAUGACAAUGUUUCUAACAUAGGUUUCCUAUUUUUCCAGUUUACACGAUUUAUGAAUCGCUUCCAUAUUUUGAAUCCCUUGGUACAUAUUCCUUCACAGCGACAUUACCAGUUGUGGUAUCGGUCCACUUUCCAUACAUUUUAAAAGUAUACAUGAUCGUACUUACUGCAGGUAAAACAUAAUGAUCAGAAAAUUUAACUUCUACACUGCCUCAACUAAUCACUUUACUAAACCUCAUCUGUAUUCCUCCAGGUAUGUUUUAUAUAUGCAAUCAUCUGUUUAUGGAAAGAAAAACAUAUCUCAGAGCAAAGAGCGCAAAGCUAAAGGCAAAAUAAGAG